AUGAAACAGCUGAAUCUGGACACUGAGGCUGCGGGAACAAUUAGAGUCGUAGAAUUGCAUGAGCUCGAUGAGUUCCGAUAUCUUGCUUUCGAGAGCACGAGGUUGUAUAAGGAGAGAAUGAUGCGGUUGCAUGACAAGAACAUUGUUGGGAGAAAUUUAAAUCCUGGAGACAUGGUGUUGCUUUAUAACUCAAGAUUAAGCCUAUUUCCGGGUAAACUCAAGUCACGAUGGUCUGGACCAUUUCGAGUGGUCAAAGUAUUCCCUUUAGGUGCCGUAGAAAUUGCCUCAGAGAAAGACUCUCAUACAUUUAGAGUCAAUGGGCAGAGAUUGAAACCAUAUGUGGGCAUGGAUGAACCAAAGGAAGUGUUAGUGAUCUAUCUGACUGAACCUCAGAGGUCGAGUACUAUGGCUCCAUCCAGGAAACGCUGCACCAUAGGUGCUUCUUCAAGCAGUCAAGCUGGAUCGUCCAGGGCGCGCGGGUCAGCUCCUGCUCGUCCCUUUGAUAGUAGCAGGUUCGUCUCUGCCAAGGCUUAG